AUGAGAAAGUCUGCAGCACCAAGCCGCCUUAGUCAACCGCUGGAUUAUUUAUCACAGAAUAUAAAUCCACGAAAGACAUCUGAAUGCAAACCAACUUCACAUUCGCCUCCAAGUCUCCAGAUUCCAGUCAUACCUAAGCAUACUGAUUUGCCACUAGAUUUCAAGCGUUAUAUGUAUUUUGAAGCUGUUUAUGCUAAAGCUUCAACUAAAAAGCACAAAAAGUGGGAAGGUGACGGCUUUGUCGAAGUUGAUGGACGAACUAUGAAACUCAUAACUGAGGAGCUAAAAGUAAUCGCAUCAACUUCCAGCCAUAAAUUAGCAUUUUUAAAUGAUAUUGAUACUGGCUCAAUUGUUCAUAUUGGUUCCUAUGAGGCAGAACUUAUUUCACGCAUAGAAAAACCUCAAUUAAAUAGCGCUAAUUCCAAAUCGAAGGAGGUUACAAAAACGUCAUUUGCGUCAGAAGAAUAUCCGACUAAUAAAACAACUACGAAGUCUUCCCUCUGUUUACCCAAGCCUUCUGCUAUAUCAACUCAUGAUGUAUCCAAUGAUUCUUUGAACCCGUUAAUUAUGCCUAAACCUCCGGCUGAUUGCAUUUGGUUUCAAAAUCCUGACAGCCUACCCAUUGUAGAUGUAAUUCUAGAAUCGAAAUUCGCUUCACGCUUACAAUCUCAUCAACGUGAAGGUGUUAUUUUCUUAUAUAAAUGCCUAAUGGGUUUUCAGCCGUAUGUCGCUGUGAAUGAAUCUAUCUCAAGAAAUGUUUAUGGUUGUAUUUUAGCGGAUGAAAUGGGUCUUGGUAAAACUGUCCAAGCUAUUGCUACUAUAUGGUUAUUAAUUAACAAGGACCUUAUGGAGAACUGGUCAAAAGAAUUUACUAAAUGGUUAGGUCGUGAACGAUUACCUAUAUAUUGUGUUGAUCAAACUCAUUCCAUUAAGAAUUAUUUAACAACUAAAAACCCACCUCAGAUUAUUCUCAUGUCCUAUGAAAUGUUUCUACAGCAUUCUAGUGAGGUAUACACAAUUUCUGAUUUGGAUAUGGUUGUAUGCGAUGAAGGGCAUAGAUUGAAAAAUUCAAAUAUCAAUACAACAAUGACACUUUGCCAAUUAUGCGCUAGUAGAAGAUUACUGUUAACUGGAACUCCAUUACAAAAUCAUUUGAAUGAAUUAUGGUCAUUGGCUAAUUUCUGUGUACCAGGACGUUUAACAUCAAGUUUGGAGGAGUUUCGUCGUCAAUUUGUCAUUCCAUUAUUGAAUAGUCGUAAAUCACAAUAUCGAAAAAGCACUGAUACUACUCACAAAAUUUGUCAUGAUGAUGUUGACGAUGAUGAUAAUGAUGAUUUUUGGAAUCCUCCUAUUGAUGAUUACAAUGACAUUGAUGACUUAGAAAGUCCAUCGGCAAAAUUAAUUCGAUUGUUAAAUAGCUUUUUCCUACGACGUACAUGUGAAGUUAUUGCACCGAAGUUAACUGAUAAAACUGAACAUAUUGUAUUCUGUCGUCCGAGUAAAUUGCAAACAGAUUUGGAAUUGAUGCUGACACAAUGGAUGAGUAGAGAGUUUAAUAUAAGGCGAGAUGAGUCUGUAAACUUGGAAGAAGAAGAAGAGGAUGAGGAUUUCGAUGAAGCCAUUGAAGAUACUUUCACUUUUCCCUCAUCAUUGUCAUCAAAACGUCAUAAUUUUAUCCUUUCAAUUAUAACAGCUUUUCGAAAACUACACAAUCACCCAUAUUUACUGGAAAGAUAUCUAGUACAAUCAAAUUCAGCACAGAAUCAUGCAGAUAGUCGUUUACCUUCAAAAUUGACUGCAGAUUUACUAGAGUUGUUAAACUCUUCAUAUUCAACUAUAAAAGAUGUUUGUCAUAAGAAUUUGAAUGAUUUCGUUGAAUUAUCAGGAAAGUUCAGUAUUCUUUACAUUAUGCUAAAACGUUUGUUCAUAAACAAUUCAUCUCUAUCAUCAUCAAUCAAUCAAUCACAAUUACACAAACGACCUCGGUUAAAUAAGAAUAACUUGAGUAAUAACAAUAACAAUGUACAUGUGAAAGAUCGUCUUAUCCUAGUAUCUAAUUUUACUCAGACUCUUGAUCUUCUAGAGAAGUUAUGUAAUCUAGUCACUGGGACAUCAUGUCUCAGAUUAGACGGUCAAACAACAAAUAAACAACGUGGUGAAAUUGUUCAAAGAAUUAAUGAUCCAAAAUCUAAUGAUUGCAUAUUACUGCUUAGUUCACGUGCUGGUGGGACUGGACUAAAUUUGAUUGGUGCAAACUAUUUGAUUUUAUUCGAUAUGGACUGGAAUCCAGCAAAUGAUGCACAAGCUAUGGCUCGUAUAUGGCGUCCAGGUCAAUCUAGACCAGUUCGUUUAUAUCGACUGGUAACAGCUGGUGGCAUGGAAGAACGAAUAUUCCAACGACAAGCAGCUAAAUUAGCUUUAACUAGUCAAACACUAGUCAAUACAUCAAUGCAUAAUGGUAAUAUUUUCAAUUUUCUUGAUAAAAAGUCUAAUAAAAACCAUGGAGUCCUUACCCGUGAUGAAUUAAAGGAAUUAUUUCUUCUUCCGAAUACACCAACAAAAUCAUGGACUCACGAUUUAAUUCAAUGUAAUUGUCAAGUAAGAAUAAUUAAUACCCCAAGUCCAUCACUUUCUUCUUCUUGUGAAAGCAACUACCAUGCUGAUCCACUAACCACUGACAAUAACAAUGAAGAUUCAUAUGAUAUAUUAGUAGAAGAUGAUAAGAAAAGUGGGAAAGGAGAAGAAAUGGAAGCAAAUGAAGAUGAUAUUGUUGAUAAUAGUGAUGAUGAAUACUCAAAUAUUAGAAUAUUUCAGUUGGGAUCUAUCAAUUCACUUGUCAACAACAUGAAAUCACCCAAAUCACAAGUUAACUAUCUUAGACAACAGUCAGCGUCAUCAUCAUCAUCAUCGUUAUCAUUAUCAACUGGAUCAUCUUCAAAACUGUCAUCAUCUGAUUCACUUGGAUUUUUGUUGAAUUGGAAACAUUCCCUGUCGCUGGAUCAAAUGAGUCAGUUAAAGGAUCCACUGUUAGUUACAUGUCAAUCAGAUCCUAUGUCAUCUCUUAUAAGUUGUAUAUUUACACUGAAUACAAAGACUUCAUAG